AUGGUUAUUCCCGAAGUUGUUCGCAACGGAUUCUUGACUGAGGCAAGGCUCAAAAAAUAUCUCGAAGCUGAUUGCACUGUUCUCGAGCAACGAGACCCCGACGAAGGCCUCACACUACUGGGGGCUGCUACGGUAGCAGGACACGCCGAUAAAGUCCUGUUGCUUCUCAAAAGAGGUGCCGAAGCCGACACUCUCUCAAAGAUGGCGAAACACUCCUGGUUGCCGCGUAAAGACCGACAAGAAUUACCUCAACAGGUUAUCUAUUGCGAUGACUGCGGCUCAAUGAAAGGCGAAGAUAGCUGGAAGUCCCAGACAAACCUCGUCGAACGAAUCACCAAGAUCACCACGCGGGUCUUUCCCCAAGGUGAAGGGGUCGUGCUUCGCUUUAUCAAUCAGGAGGUGGACGGCUCUUCGAACCUGAGCCUUGAGCAUGUUGCGAAGAUCCUGACGCCCAUGAAGUGGGACGAUUACGGCAAUACCACAAUUGACAUAAAACUGAGGUCUAGGAUUCUCCGGCCAUUCAUUUAUGACAAGCUCGACUCAGUACCGAAGAAGCUUGAGAGACCACUCCUCAUCUCUAUCCUCACGGACGGUGGGCCUGAGCCGAAACCAGGAGACACGGUGAAAAAUGCCAUUGUCGAGUGCGGCCAGAGUUUGAAGGAUGCUGCGUUCCCUCGCGAGGGGAGGAAGAGAGAGUCGUGA